AUGCAUAUGGCCAAGGCACGAUCAGAGCCGUGGAACAGAAACCCCUCGCACUCCGCCCGCUGGAGGAACCAAAGGGAUGGCCGCAAAUCAAAGUCCAUGUUGAAUUGCAAUGUUGAGCAUGUGUGCUACCUGUUAGAUACGGCAAAGACAUCGCUAAAUCUAAAGCUCAUGCUUCCAGCAGGAUUUGGAUUGACGCUACCGCCCAGGCCUCAGCGAAGCAGUAUGUAUUGGGGAACGACGCCUGACCGAUGGCCUCAAAACCUAGAUCUCAAGCUCUCAGAAGAGCUUUUGAGGAUUCUUCCACUGUUUACUAGGAGUGCGACCCUGGUGCUGGAAGAAGGUGCAAAGCUCAUGAGCUUGAAAAUGGUGGAACAAUUUACAAAGAAGGGCAUCAACGUGCUUUGUCAAGCGGGCACUAUCUUCAAUUAUGAUCCAACCCAGACAUCAACUGCAAUCGAGGAGGCAAAACUGUGGACAAGCCGCCUCGCAGAGCUUGACUACUUGAAUGGGUUCCCUGCCCUUUUGAGACGACUCGAUAUCUAA